UCAGACUGAACAAAAAAGUUUGCAACUCCAAUUUUCGAAUAAAUCGCUAGAAUAUGCGCAGAUCUCCGGCAAGUCUAAAAUAAAGGUGUUUUGAGGACGCUGAGUGCCAGAAAAUGCACCGAGAAAAAAGUGUAUCACAGCGCUACUUUACAAAAUUGACUUUUCUAGGCAUGCGGAUGGAUUUGGAAAUAGGGUUUUCUUACCAAAAGAAAGCUCGUUAGCUACUAUGCAAACUUGUCUCUAGAACUUUUCAGAUGCUCAGCUUAGUUCGCAGGAAAUCAGAGCUGUAUCAGGAGUUCUCAAAAAAUAGAGACCUUUUCUGUCACAGUGUUACUUACCGAAAAAUCUUUCUAGAAGCGUGAGUCUUGAACCGAAAAUAUUCAUUUAUGUACCCUAAGUAGAGCAGUCCUGAUAAUGUGUAAGAAGAAGAAGAGCUUCUACAGUUGACGUACUAGAACGAAAUCCAAACUGAGUCCGAUUUAAAACUUGUAACUCAGUAAAAAUAAUUGUAGAAACGCCAUUCUUGCGGAUCUAGCUAGCCAAUGAUAUGUGGUUAUAUUAUGAUAAAAGAAUAUUAAAAAGUUAUUCUAAGAUGUUAGUUCGAAAUUGAGCGAAAGUGACAGAGACCUCCGACCUUCUUCAACCAAAUAUCAGGACUCUGGAUCAUCCUUCCAUGACAAAAUAAGUUUGAGGAUUAAUUGAGGAUUUUGAAAGAAUCUGUGGAUAACCUGUUCAUACUUCAAUAAUUUGCAGUAGCAGCAUAGUAGGUUUUUCUCAUAUAGUUUGGUAUAUAGUGUAAAGUGCCACAUCUGCUGGAUGCGCCCCGUCUGUAUCUAGUGACUUUUUGGAAAUCACAAUAACAACUUAAACAUAGGUAAUCAAGCACACUGAGUCUCAUGAAAAUGUUUAUUUUUCGAAAAAAGUUGAGAGACUUAGUGACAACUUAUUUUAUCUGAAAUAAACGUUUUUCAGCCAUUACUGAAUAUAAAAAAUUCAAAAAUAUCUCGAAAUCUAUCCAAAUGACCUGGAAACUUCAUAGUACAAUCACAACAGUAUUUUGGAGGUGAAGAAAACAGGAAAGAAGACGAAAACUGACGUUAGUGUCAAUAAUAUUUUUCAAAGAUUCUGUCCAAAUGUUAAGAAAACAUUUUCAAACUUAUCUCUUCGUGGAACCAUGCGUCAGAGUCCUGGCUUUUAAUCGGUGAAGAUCAGAAGUCUCUGUUAUUUCUCAUCAUGAGAUUAUCUGAAAAACCUAAAGACAUAUAUAGCCAAGUGUUCUUAGUUAUGCACCAUACGGCUACAGGGUAUUCGAUCUCGAAUGGUACUACUAUCAAGUGAUAUUGAUAUUGAUUGGCACCAGGUAUUGAAUAGUAUCAGAAUUGUUCUUUGUUCUUAUUGUUUUCUGAUAUGUGAAAGUUAAGGUGUACAAUGGCGGCCUAUGUUACCCGUAAUACCUCUCCUAACUCUCAGAACUUGCUCGUGCAAGACCAACUAGUUAACGAGCUACAGUAAAAAAACAAACUUUGAGUACGAUACAGAGUGAGAGGGGCGGUACGGAUAAUUUAGACCACUACUGUAUAACACACAUUAACAACUAUAUUGUCAGACAGCAAUAAAAAAGAAGAAAAAAUUCCAGUACUAUUCAAUACCUGAUACCACUUAAUAUAAAUACUUCUCAAUACCAAUACCAUUCGGGACCAAUACCUUCGACACCGACCGUAUCGGUCUCGACGCAUGUCUAAAUGUUCUCUUCAAACUGAGAAAGUUUGAGGGUUCAUAUGGGAGAAGUAAAGCCCUCUUUAAAUCUGCGACCGUUUCUCGAUUCUAUUUAGGUCCGUUUCUCAGAAUAUCCUUUACUGCCAUAGUAGCCAUCGAAUGGAUAUUUAUUGUAUGUAAUGGUCUUGAAGGAGUAUGGGCCAUUCUCUUAUACCUCCUAGUUCGUCGAAAAAAGACAAAACUACCACCUACCAGUGAGCAGUUAGCACCCAUGCCGCGAGAGAAGUCAUUGGCCAAAGUCGGCGAUGAAGAGGAAGUGUUUAUCAAUUCGGAAAUAGUUCGACCAGAGACAACAGAUUUAGAUUCUGAUACGCCUGUCUCCUGUUUGAAGACUAGUGCCAUUGAACGUUUGAUACCCCAUGAUAUUCGGACACCGAUGACUAUUGUACGUUUAACACUCGACGAUCUAAUAUCAUUUCGACAAAGGCGAACAGGCACAAACGAAAACUACCAUCCAGAUUCAGUAGAUAGCCCUUUAAAUGAUCAUAAUUAUUAG